CUGACGGACCGUUAACAGUGUAACACCACGCGGAAGUAAACAAAAUACCGUUGAUAGUCGCCGAAUUUUCAUGUUUUCACAACGCGCAAAUACGCUGGUUUAUCUGUCAACCUUGGAGCUGACUUCGUCGUUAUUCAUUAAAAAUGUCUUCUGUCGAGUGUUUGAGAGGUUUCAUCAACGAGCGACUAACUGCUGCUGCUGAAGAAAUAUUCGGAGUUUUUCAGAAAACUAUCUUCGAGUACGAGGAGGAGAUCGACCGUCAGCGCAAACUGCUGGAUGUCUGGAAACCCGAAAUGAAAUUAUUCAGGAUAGAGCUCCCACAGCAGCGUGUCUGUACGGAGGACGAGGUUCUCACUGACCAGCUGCUCUGUAACCAGGAGAGGAACUCCAGUCUGGACCGAGAGGAACCAGAACCUCCACAGAUUAAAGAGGAGCAGGAGGAACUCUGCAGCAGUCAGGAGGGAGAGCAGCUUGUUCUGAAGCAGGAGACUGAUACCUCUAUGUUGAUUCCUCCUUAUGAAGACAGUGACCACAGUGGACCAGAACCAAACAGUGACCACCUGCUCCUCCCUCACAACUCUCAUGUAGCUGAGAGCCAAAAUCAGGAAGGAGGCAAACAUGGAGACUCAGGAUCAACUAGAGCUACAAAGCAAAAAUCAAAGAAAAGACAUAAUGCUCACAAUAAUGAAAAGCCCUACAGAUGUGACACAUGUGGGAGAGAUUUUAAGCAGAAGUGCGACUUCAAUGCUCAUGUUACAGUGCACACAGGUGAGAAACCAUUUUCUUGCAACUGCUGUGGGAAAAGAUUCAGAAUUAGAAAAUCAUUAAUUCUUCAUAUGAGAGUUCACACAGGUGAGAAGCCAUUUCCUUGCAAAACCUGUGGAAAGGAUUUCAGAUCUUCUAGUAACUUGUUGCGCCACAUGAAAAUCCACACCGGUGAGAAGCCGUACCGUUGCAACACCUGUGGUAAAGCUUUCAAACGUAGCCAUAUCUUGUUGGACCACAUGAGUGUACACACAGGUGAGAAGCCUUACCUUUGCCAAACCUGCGGCCAGAAAUUCUCUUGGAUGUCACAGAUGAAAAGACACGUAAGAAUACACGAAGGUGAAAAUCUGAGUACCUGCGAAACCCAGGAGGUUGUUCAGACUUAAACCUGCUGUAAGGGAUAGAUAAGAUAAGAUAAGAUACGUGGUAAAUAGCUCAAUGUUCCAACAUCAAUCACUGUUACAGAUUAUUAAUAUAUAUCCUGGUGAGGAGCAGUAGAACUUCAACAGCUAUCAGAGAUGUUUUAGUCUGUGUCAGCUGCUAAGGUUCAUCAGAUAACUGUCAGAGGUGAGGAGCUGCAUUGUUGCAGCAGUUUUGCUCAAAUCACAUCCUCAGAAAAACAGCAGAGGAUCAGCUCACACAGGACAAACCAUCAAUGAAAUGCUGUGUGCAACAGCUAAGUCUCUGUAAGUGAAUGUGUACAAUUUACCAUUGAGAUGAGGCCACCGUAUGUUAGUCAGCAUGUCAUCUGAUUUUAUACUUUUACGUACUUUUGUGUUUUACAUGGUGUUCUGAUGUUUUUUUCAUCCCAUGUAUUUAUUCACACAAUAAAGCCACAAGGUUCAAACUGAAGUCUAAAGCUGUAAAGCCUCAAUUAAAUAAAGAAAAUAAACUGUU